ACGGCCUGCACCGAGAUCGUGCCUAGAUCCAUUACGGUGAUUGCGACGAUAGACGGAUAGAAGAAUACCGAUUAGAGAAGGGAAACUCCCAACCCAAGGGAUACAAAUUACAAUGACACGUUUAUUUCGAGAGCUUAUCGAUCUGAAGGGGAGAAAAAAAUCCCGACAGGCAGAGGCGUCGUUUUAAGUACUAGCCCGUCUCGUACUACAUCGUUACAAAACAAACUAGAUCGUCGCCAUUUUAUUUUCCUAUUAUCAUCUCGUUUCGCUUGUGGUCGCGGUACAGUCAUGAUGACGACAACUACUCGACGGUAAAUUCUGAUGGUGAGGCAGGCAGGCAAUUUUUUUCCCCCCCCGACUAUGAAAUAGUUACCGUAAACAUUUGGUAGAGACAAAUGCCUUGGGCGGAAUAAUAUCGGAGCGAAUGUAAUCUUCUUAUCAACGUGUUUCUAUCGCUCCAACAGUCAGAAUACCCUCACAGGUGUGAUAUUUCACUGAUCUACAUCCGUCGUUGCACGACACAACAGAUAUUAUUAUACGUAAUGUAAUACGUAUUACAUCCUCGGUUCGCAAUUUCACUCCCUGUGCUCGAGAUAUGGCCAAGAAUCGAAAGGACAUGGACAAUUCAGAUUAUUCUUUGAAAUGGAAUAAUUUCACCUCUAAUUUAACUUGUGGUUUCCUCUCACAUCUCAGCGAUCAUGAAUUAGUCGAUGUAACGCUUGCCGUUGAAGGAAAACUCCUGCAAGCUCACAAGCUUGUUUUAUCGGUUUGCAGCCCGUACUUCAAAGAAAUAUUCAAGGCAAACCCAUGCACUCAUCCCGUCGUUGUCUUAAAGGACAUGGGCUACUCGCAAGUAGAGGCGCUGUUGAAAUUUAUGUACAAAGGUGAAGUAAACGUUAGUCAUAACGAGCUGGCCUCGUUCUUAAAAAUCGCAGAAGCACUGAAGAUAAAAGGUUUAGCCGGCGACCAGAAUAGCCACAGUGAUUCACCGAUAGAGAGCGACACGCCUCUCCCUCCUUCCGAACUAAUCGAAGAAGUAGACUUCGAUGUGGCUACUUGUUCUAAUCCCAAUACCGGUGAAACGUGUUCGGAAACUUUAGAUGGAAAUAGGCCUGUAAAAAGGCUACGAGAAUCAACGAGGUCUCGUUCCUUGACCCCCAAACGAAACAGAACCUCACCUCCAGCUUUGAAAGAAAUGGAAUAUUUAAAAGAGAGUCCGCACAGUAUUAAAGCAAAGUCUGAACCAGAGGAUUUCGACGUAACAGACGAGCCAUAUUUUCUAGACCAACCGUUGGAGCAGUUUUUAAACUCUCAAAAUGACGCAGAGAAAGGUUUUCUCGACGGAGGUGGUGGUGAGCUAACUGAUCAACCAUCCAUGAAUAGUCCAAUGCCUUCGGCAUGUUCACAAGGAGGAGAAGGCGUCCAAGAACAAAAUGGUAGAGCACUGCGACGGCUUCACUUGAAUGGGUUUGUCUACCAUGCAGCCUACAGUAUUAACAGAGGUCCUGGAAUUAGAACCUAUUGGAGGUGCCAAGACAACUAUAAAGGGAAAUGCAAAGCUCGUUGCAUUUCGGAAGAUAACUUAAUAUUAAGAAUCAAUGGAACGCACAAUCAUGAUAGACGAAUAUCCGAAUAUUCUUGCUAUUUUUUCUCCUCCGGCAAGAAAAUCGAAGCUAACGUUUCGUAUUGUUUACCAAUUGCCUCGAAUAUGUAACACUUGGUUACUAUUUGUCAGCAAUUUGUCUAGGGCGCUGCCAAUGUGCAAAAGAACAGUUCCUAUGCAGCUACAAUAUCUUACUACUUAUCAUUUAUACUAUGGGAAGUAUCACGAAUCAAAGAUCGCCAGUGUAUUCAAGUCCAAAUGGUACUUUUUAUAAAAUCCGACUGAUUACUAAUGGUAUUGUAAAUCAUAUACUUUAUAUUAUUAUUAAUCGACUUGCGGUAUCAUAUUUUUUUUCUCGACAAAAGUUUUGUUAUCUUUUAAACUCCGUCAACGCACGCUAUAAGUACACGCUACAGGGUUGGUAGUAAAUCGCUGCGAAUUUCAGAACGUUCUAUUUCUGCAAAAUCGUAAUUUGGAUAAUUUUUUUUUUUUUACCAUCCCAGUAUUACAGCAGGUGUAAUUGUAGCUUAUUCCCAGAAUUCGCAAUUCAGUUUUCACUACAUCAUUUUAACAAUUUUCUUGUGUUGAUAAUAAUACCUACCUUUUAAUUAAUUGUCAUCAAUAUUCAACAACGAAUUCACUCACUAACAGAUUUGUCGUAGAUUUACUUAGACUGCUCAACGACUACCAGCCUUGACAUUAGCUUCUUGAAAUUUUCCACUGUCCUGUACUUGUAAGUUAAGAUUAAGCCGGUAAGCCAAUUGCAUAUAAGAUUGUAACCCCUGACUGAAACAAUGCAUUAUUCAGAGUUUGAGACUGGAAGAGGGUAGCUUUGCUGAAAUUGAAAAUUAUAGAGAACGAUGUUUACAACAAUAUAUCUGAGGUACUGAAAGUAUGAUAUAUAUAAAUAUAUACAUAUAUAUAUAUAACAU